GCAACUCCCUGGCGGACUACCUGUUCAACGUCAUCUUCACGAAGCCCCUGGAGUACGCCUCGGAAUCCCUCAUGGCUCAAGGACUAUGCUACCAGGUGCCAGAAAGCGACAGCAGAUACCCGAGCCUUUCCAAACACAGGACAGCACAAAGGAUAUUGACGGAUGUAUCGUUUGUCGAUGACGCAUUGUUUGUGGUACAGGCGCGAAAUGAUACAAUGCUGAUGGCAAUGCGGAAGACAGCCGACACGGUCCAUGGAGCGAUGAUGCUCUACGGUUUCGAGGUCAACUACAAGCGUACCAAGACAGCCAUUGUACCAUCCAUCAGAGGCCCUGGCUCGGGACUAACCAAGAAGCAGGUGUUUGGCAAGUCCCCAGCCACCAUCAGUUCCAGAAAAUACGGUCUAGUGGUACACGUGGAAGUAUGCUACAAGCACUUGGGUACGAUUAUCGACAAGGACGGCUCAGUGGGCACCCAGGUCGCCAGGAACUUGAAUCGGCACCGAGACGCAGCUGGACCAGUACGGAAGUCAAUCAACAAAUUACUGCAGCUCAGCAGCGAGGCAAAAGUCAAGAUAGCUGACACCCACAUCAACGUGCACCUAGGGUACCACGCCGAGACUUGGGCAGAUGUCAGCAACACCAAGAUGAAACAUAUCGAUCAGCACUACGGCUUCACCUCCCUGAUGAAGAUGGGCAGCGACCACGAACAUGCAAAGUGCUAUAUGAAGCCAAAAAGCCACCGCUCCAAGCAGGAAUACGCCUUCGGCGACUCAGAUACUUAG